AUGUCGAGUGACUUUGAUAGGGUGCAUGAAAUGCUUUUGCCUACGAGAUAUGAGUAUUUAAUAACCCAAAAAAAACUCUAAUAAAUUAGAUGUGGUUGCAUGCAUAUGCAUGGAUGAAGGGAGAGAGAUUUAGCAUGGGAAGACAAGUGGAGAACUUCGAAAAGACAUUAAUGGAGAUCAGUAGGAGCAUGAGGAGAGAGUCAGUAAAAGAGUACAUGGCAAAGUCAUUGGUGGUGGUGUCAUUGGGUAACAAUGACUACAUUAACAAUUAUCUGAAACCAACGCUUUUUCUCACUAGCUCCAUUUACGACCCUACUUCUUUCGCCGACCUCCUUCUCUCCAAUUCUACCACUCAUCUCCUUGAAUUGUACGGAAAGGGGUUUAGGAAAUUUGUAAUAGCCGGUGUGGGUCCAUUGGGUUGCAUACCGGACCAACUAGCCGCCCGAGCGGCUCCGCCAGGUGAAUGUGUGGAGGCGGUUAACGAGAUGGCUGAACUCUUCAACAACCGCCUCGUGUCGCUGGUGGACCGUCUUAAUUCCGAUAGUAAAACUGCUAGUGAAGCCAUCUUUGUUUAUGGCAAUACCUAUGGAGCCGCCGUGGAUAUCCUCACAAACCCUUUUAAUUACGGAUUCGAAGUGACGGAUAGAGGGUGUUGUGGAGUAGGUAGAAACAGAGGAGAAAUAACGUGUUUGCCACUAGCGGUACCAUGUGCUUUCAGAGACCGACAUGUGUUCUGGGAUGCUUUUCAUCCAACACAAGCUUUUAAUCUCAUAAUUGCACUCAGAGCCUUUAAUGGUUCCAAAUCCGAUUGUUACCCUAUUAAUCUUUCUCAAUUGUCUCGUCUCUAAAAGAAAAUGUAAAAACUCAACAAAUCCUUCUCUUUUUGUUUAUGUAUUUUUGGGUUUUUGUUACUUUCCAAUUUUGUAGACUUGUAUGUAGUACUAUUUCAUCUUUCUUCUCAUCAUCUUUUUGGUGGUGAUUUGGUUCCAAUUUGAAUGUGGAUCUCAAAUGAUUACAUUAUCGUUAA